GUGGUUUUUAUGGGGUUUGGUGUUCUCUCGGUCAGAGGGAGGGAGGGAAAGAGAGAGAGAGCAGGCGAUUAGAAAUGGAAGAGAAAAAUUAGGCUUCCGAAUUAGGCUCCGUCCGAAUUAGAGAUUUCUUGGUAAAAAAAUGAGAUCGCGUGCAUGAAGCAAAUCUUGAAUUCCCAUCGAGAUCGGGGGUGGUUUUCUCGCAUUCUGGCGAUAUCGUCGCUGCCGGGCUUGGCCGGAAUUGUUCUAUUUCUCGGCGAUCUUCCUUCGGACGAGAAUCUUGAGGAAUUUUAUGCGGUUUUCUGACCGAAUCUUUCUUGCGGAGGUGAGGAGCGGAUCGGAUUCCAUGCUGUUUCUUACCCGUAUUCUUCGGAUAGACGGUCUUGAGAGCUAAUUUCCAAUUAUUUUUUCUCCGAUCCUCGAAAAAUUCGUGAUUCCUUUUCCGUGCUGGUUCUGCUCUCUUCUGGACGUGUCUGUGAUGAUCUAUUUGAAAAAGAAAACUUUCUCUUGAAUUCUGUUUUUUUUUCAAAGGAAAAACGGCCACAGGACAAUCAAGAUCCUAUCUUUUUUAUGGAUUUCAUGUUUUUUUUAUUGAAUUCUCCAUCAAUUGAAUUCCUUGUCUCGCGGUUCCUGAUGCUGUUACCGUUUUCCUUUUCCUCUUGUACUUGAUCUCGUUUGAUCCUUUGUAAACAUUUUUUUUUGAAAAGGGGGACGAUAUAAGCUUUAUUUUGCUUUAGAUGGAAGGAAAGAGGUUUUUCUGUUAUUAUAACUUUGCAGGAAUUAUUUACAAAAUGCCAUAGAUUCUUUAAUCUGGUAUGACUUUCUUUAGAAAUGAGCGGAUCUAAGGAUCAUCAGAGGCGCUUAAAGGUUGUUUCUUUCGUUCCAGCACCAUGGUAUGUAUUUCAUAUACUCGUUGGAUUAAUGGAGCAACUGAACCUGCAUACGGUAUGCGUCUCCAUUUUUGCAUCUGAAGAAAGGUCGUGGAAUCAGUGAUGUUUUCCUUGCUGCUCGAUGAUCUUCUUGAAGUCAUGAGUCUCUGAGACAUGGUGUUUAAGAAGAGGUUGGAAUACAGUUUCAAUGGCUACCACGUUCCUGCAAUGCCUCAAAUUCCAAAAUCUGCCAAGAGAAAGCGUUCAGUUAGAAGGAAGGUGGUGGAUGGCCAAAUGUGUGCAUUUGACUUGCUCGCAGCUGUAGCAGGGAAGAUACUAGAGAGAGAAAAUUCUUCGACCCUGCAUAGCAUACUCGGAAAUUCUAACCAGAAUGUUAAACAGGGGCAACUGGAGGAAGAGAAACAACUGGAUGAAAAGAAGCUAUGCCAAGAUGAAGCUUUUGAUCAAGUAAGAUGUAAGGAAAUUUCAUCUGCUCCUGAACUUCCCAUCCAGAGGCAGAUUGCCCACACUUUGAAGGAACAUUCGCAAAUUUCAAAAGCAACAGCUUCAGGAUCUACUUUUGUUGUUGUAAAAUCUGAUGUAUUGAACCAGGAUAUUUAUACUGGGGAUUUUGCAGCUAAUGGCAGCAAGGAAGCACUUGGAUAUUCUCUUGGCACAACUGCCAAGAAUUGUUGCACUGAAAGUUACUCUCCUGGUUCUGCAGAGUCAUGUGAAGCUGAAUUCAUGGAUGGGAUCAAGACACGGUUCGUAUCUGAGCAGCAUGAAGCUGAAGCUGCAGUGGUUAAAAACAUCCAGCACUCCUGGAGUUCGGACAAUCCAGUGGAGCUGGAUGCUAAACCCCCUGCUUUGGCUAGCUCAGACAGCAGCAUUGAGGUGCCUCUGCAUGGGCAUCACAUUCCUCGUAUUAGCUCCUUUCUCAUUUGUCGGGAUGAUACAGAACUAAUUGUAGAUAGAGAUGAUGACGAAAACUCUUCCGGGUGCACUCAUCCUCGCACCAUAACUUCUAAGGCCUUGAAGCCUCAAUAUCAUAAAAUAAGAAAGCUGUUUUCUAAAACUGAUUUAGAUAUGAAGCCUGCUUUUCACAGUCUGAAAUUUUGUUACACACGGCGAAGGACACAGAGGUAUUCAUUUAAGAGGAAAAAGGUGUUUGAGCACCGCUCAAUGUCACUAUCUGAUGGGGGAACUAGUAGCAAAGGCUUGUGUAACUCAUCUGAAAAAGAAAUAAAUUACAAAACAAAUAAUUUACAUGCUGCUCUGCAUGGAGGGAAUGGCACAUCAUCUCCUGCUUCCGGUCAAAUGUCAUCAUAUAAAUCUGAAAAUUUCCAUGUGAAACUCAGUAUCAAAUCAUUCAAUGUGCCAGAACUUUUCAUAGAGAUUUCAGAAACUGCUACUGUUGGUUUGCUUAAGAGGACAAUCAUGGAAGCCGCGACAGCUAUUCUUGGAGGUGGAUUGCGUGUGGGAGUUCUACUCCAAGGAAAGAAGGUUAGAGAUGAUAAUAAAACCCUACUCCAAGCUGGAAUAUCUAAUGUUGAUAAGCUGGACAAUUUGGGCUUUAUGCUGGAGCCCAAGUCUGCAGGAGCUUCAUCACCGGUCACAAGCCCUGAAUAUCCACAUACCCAUUGUCCCUGUGAUGCGAUUGAACCAUUAGCCAGGCAUCCAGCUGCUUCUCCUGCACCAGUUACAGAGAUAUUUAAUGCCAGUCCGGAGCCUCCGGUGACCUCUGCACUGCAUUUUCCUGAGAGUGAUCAUGAUUCAGUUCACUCUCCUGUUGAUACUAAAUUAGUAAAUAAACCAGCAGCGGCAGCAGCAACAUCAAACUCACGAGCUCUAGUUCCUGUCCCAGCCAUGAGCAUUGAUGCCGUGUCCAUGGUUCCAUUGCAUAAACCAAGGCGGUCUGAGUUUGUUCAACGUAGAAUUAGGAGGCCAUUCUCUGUCUCUGAAGUCGAAGCGCUGGUUGAGGCAGUUGAAAAGCUUGGAACUGGAAGGUGGAGAGAUGUCAAACUUCAAGCUUUUGACAAUGCUAAGCAUCGGACCUAUGUAGAUAUGAAGGAUAAAUGGAAGACGUUGGUGCACACUGCAAAAAUAUCUCCUCGUCAAAGGAGAGGGGAACCAGUACCUCAAGAGCUUCUGGACCGGGUUCUUGCUGCACAUGGCUAUUGGUCCCAGCGGCAAGCCAAGCUCCAGGUCAAACCCCCUCUAGCUGACGCCUGCAUGCUAGUCUAGAUCUCUUCUUUCCAUCAACAAAGAUGGGGGAGCCAAAAGACAAUCGUUUCUUGUAAAUAGAUGAUAAAUGAAAGGGGAAAGGUAACAGUAAGACAAUUCAGGAGUUUUUGUAAUAUUCUCUCUCACCCACACCAUCAUUCCUAAGCCAGUGAUUCAUCUCCUUGUGAAUUCUAUUAUGGAGAGGGCUCAUUUGGCGCCUGUACAUGACGAUGACGAUGACGACCCAGGAACAAAGGAAAUAAGACUGGUCUUGCCAGCAAUGUUCAUUCUCAUGCUGUUGACCCCCCUUUCGAGAUAUCUUCUGAUUCCAAUUAACAUAAUUUUCUCUGGUUUGAUUCCAUUCUUUUAAGAACAGAUUGUUAUGUUAUGUUAGAAGAAUAAUGGGGGGAAUAUUAACAAAGGAUUAAGAUAUGUUUUUCAAUUUCAUAUUUGUAUAUCCAUUGAUCAUUGUUUCUGAGGGUAUUCUUUGUAUCCCCUUGGGUUUUGCUACCUUUGAUCUUUGAUAGGCUUUUCUGUAUUAUUCUGUAAUUUAUUCAUCUAUCAUUACAUUG